ACCACCCACACAAAGUUCAUAAUUUUGUACCUCAUCCAUCCCCCACCUUCUAAUCUCUCUUUUUUUUCUCUCUCUUUUUGCCCUAUUCAAUAGGGUUUCCAUACGAUCUCUUGCUACCCUGUUUUCUGAUGCAAUCAGUUGUUCAAGCUAUUUUUAUUGUGUUUCUGUUGGUUGAUCUGUCGAUUUUUGCCCUCCAUCGAGGGUUUUUUAGUCCUGGACAGUGCAGAUUCUACCUUCCUAGUGUUUUUCAACCAUACUUAUGUCUAAAGUCUUCAAUUUUAGUGGUGAUGGUGCUUUUUACCAUGGUGGGGCUGUGUACCCAAGUCCCAAGGAAUCCAGCCUAUUUCUGUCCCUUAGGCAUCAUGUGGAUGUCUAUUUUCCUCCUUGCAAGAGGUCUCGUGUUACGGCCCCUUUCAUUUUCACUGAAAAGCAGCAGAAGUUGUCUUCCAUUGACGUCCUACCUGAUGAAUGCAUUUUUGAGGUAUUGAGGCGCCUUUCUGAUGGCAAAGAGAGGAGUGCCUGUGCUUGUGUUUCCAAGCGCUGGCUUACAAUUUUAAGCAGCAUCCGCGGGGAUGAAACAUUCAUCUCAGAUCCCAAUCCAUCUUCGGAGACCCAGGAAAGAUCUAUCCAAAAUGCCCUUGUUAAGCCUGUGGACUGUAUUAAGAAGGGUGAGGUUGUGGACCCUAAUGGUGUAGAAGUUGCUGAGGCUGAAUCUCAAGAUAUUGAAGGAGUGGGUCAUCUUUCUAGGUGCCUUGAUGGAAAGAAAGCAACAGAUCUCCGACUUGCUGCUAUUGCUGUUGGAACUCAAAGCCAUGGAGGGUUAGGGAAGCUUUCUAUUCGAGGAAGCAACCCAAUCCGUGGUGUGACUGAUACUGGCCUCAAGGCUAUUGCUCGAGGUUGUCCUUCUCUCCGGGCUCUUUCCCUGUGGAAUGUAUCUUCUUUCAGUGAUGAAGGUUUAUCUGAGAUUGCUCAGGGAUGUCAUCUGUUAGAGAAGCUUGAUCUUUGCCAAUGCCCUGGAAUUACUGAUAUGUCUCUGCUGGCUAUUGCAAAGAACUGUCCUAAUUUGACCUCUCUAACGAUAGAAUCUUGUUCAAAGAUUGGGAAUGAAAGUCUUCAAGUUGUAGGUUGUUUUUGCCCGAAGUUGAAGUUUGUCUCUCUCAAAAACUGCCCACUCAUUGGAGAUCAAGGAAUUGCAAGUCUCUUUUCAUCAGCUGGUCAUGGUUUGACAAAGGUGAAACUUCAUGCAUUGAACAUCAGUGACAUCUCCCUUGCUGUUAUUGGACAUUAUGGCAUUGCUGUGACUGACAUAGCCCUUAUUGGUCUUCAAAACAUAAAUGAGAGAGGAUUUUGGGUCAUGGGAAAUGGCCCAGGUUUGCAGAAGCUGAGGUCGUUUGCAAUAACUGCUUGCCAUGGAGUUACUGAUUUGGGACUUGAAGCUCUUGGUAAAGGUUGUCCAAACCUGAAGCUAUUUUGCCUCCGAAAAUGUACAGUCCUGUCAGAUAAUGGCUUGGUUGCUUUUGCCAAAGGUUCUGUCGCACUAGAGAACCUCCAAUUAGAAGAAUGCCACAGGAUCACCCAGGCUGGGUUUUUUGGUGUUCUUUUGAACUGUGGUAAGAAGUUGAAAGUUCUGUCCCUGAUGAAUUGCUUUGGUGUUAAAGAGUUAGCAUGUCGAUUUCCGUCUGUGCUGCCUUGCAACUCACUGCAGUCUCUGUCUAUUCGCAACUGCCCUGGAGUUGGUAAUGCUACCCUAGCCAUAGUGGGUAGGCUGUGCCCCAAACUGACUCAUUUGGAGCUGAGUGGCCUUCUUGAAGUAACUGAUGAGGGUCUUUUCCCUCUUGUGCAGAGCUGUGAAGCUGGUUUGGUCAAGGUGAAUCUAAGCGGAUGUGUUAAUGUUACAGACAAAUCAGUUGCAUUCAUAACUGAGUUACAUGGGGGAAGUCUCGAGUCUCUGAAUGUUGAUGGUUGUCGAUAUGUUACUGAUGCAACCUUGUUAGCAAUUUCCAUAAACUGUUGGUUGCUCAAUGAACUUGAUAUUUCAAAGUGUGGAAUAACUGAUUCAGGUAUUGCAUCUUUGGCCAGUGCAGUGCAACUUAAUUUGCAGAUCCUCUCACUGUCGGAUUGCUCUAUGGUUUCAGACAAAAGUGUACCCUUUCUGCAGAAGUUGGGACAGUCACUUAUGGGCUUAAACAUCCAGCAUUGCAAUGAGGUCAGUAGCAACAGUGUUGAUCUUCUCUUAGAACAACUCUGGAGGUGUGAUAUCCUUUCUUAAGUGGACAGGGUUUAAGAAUCAACACAACUUACAAGUUGAUGGCCUUUGAAGAUGGAGCUUAGGAAGGAAGUUUAACUAGUCUUUCUUGGUUAGUGUUAGUAUAAAGUUUUUUGGUCCAUGAUCUUGGGUCUUCUAAUGGUCCAGUCCCUCGGCCUCCUUUUUCCAGGGUUGCGGUUGGUUCUUUUUUUUGCAGCUUCUACACUAAAGCUGUUUUUGGGAAUUUUUCCUGUUCUUCCAACCAUACUUCCCUGAGAUGCAAAUGCUGAGUUUUUGGAUUAAGAGUCACGUCCGGUACUAGUCCUUGUUGCCUCUAGUAGUUUUUAGCUUCUAGCCUUGCAUUGAUUACCAACUCUUGCAGUGGUAGAAGCUUUUCAACAUUGUCUUAGUCUUUUAUGUGUGUGUGCUUCUAGUUUUACCGAGUCUUGCAUGUCGUUGAACCUUUGUGUUAAAGUUCAGCACGUGAUGGUUGGGUUAAGAUUGUGUCUUGUUCUUCUGGUUGAUUUUGGGCAGUUCUAGGUAUAGUGCCUCACUUUCAUGGGCUUUUGGCCAUGGCAGCAAAGUUUCCUUUCUGCCAUGACAACCUUCAGGGGUUGUUUUUUCUUUUCACCAAGCCUUAGUUUUGCAGGCCUCUCUUGUUCUUGAACUCCCAAUGCAACUUGUUUUUACUCAUGAAAAUGUAGUUUGUAUUUAUGCCUUUUAUUAAAUUAAAAAAAAAAAAAAAAGUUAGGUUGUA